UUACGGCUUACACACGCGCCUCAAUUACCUACUAGUCUCAGCUGCCUGCCCCCCCGUUCCCAAAUCGAUACCUGCUCGCCUCGCUUGCUCGCUCGCUCGCUCACUCACGUCCACUUGACACCCUCUUCUCGAAGUCGACUUUCCUACACGCCCCAUUGGACUGUCGCGGAGAUGGGCCUGCGAUAAUUCAUUCCUUUCCGCCGCUCGACUCUCACUCCCGGUCUCGACUCUAUUCUUCGGUUCUCCACUCCAGAGCCUCGGACCUGCCUUGUUUCCCAGUUCCGUAGCAUCCGCGUCAUUUCGAACUCCUCGCCAUCGUCAGUAUUACGGCAUGUGCACUGGUCAUGGAAUCCCUCGUCUAUGAGAAUUCGCCGUUGGCGGAAUACCUCCAGGGGGAAGGCGAACACGACCCAAAUUGGCCGAUAAAGGAGGCCGACCAUAGCGAUGAUUUCUCCGAUUCUACCGCGGCCGAUUUUGCCCCACGAGGGGUCUCCAAAUUCCAGGAACGUAUUCGGAAUAAACUCCCCAAGCCCCUUGAACGGAAAGCGUCGCGGCAGAGAGCAGCUCUGGGACGACUCUAUGACGCCUGCACGUCGGCGCUGAAUUCGCGCAUCGGACGAAGCGACAACGAGAGAUUCCUGGAACAGUUCGGUUAUGUCAUCGUUGCGUCUCAGCUGCUGAACGAGCACAGCGCGCCCUCCUAUACGUCAGCCGCAGACGUGAUGUCCACGGCACUCCCGGCAGAUCUCCCAUCAAUAUCCACAACGUUUGGCAUACAAGGAGCUUUUGUCACGGCUUCCACGUCUUUCUCCAUCGCUUGGUUGUUGCACUGGAGCCGGUCGCGCACAUCAUCUGGUCUCAACCCUCGAAAGGUCGGGGUUCUAUUGGUUCUCGUGCCGGUCAUUGGAGUUCUGUUCUAUGCUUUCGCCAAGCGACAAUGGCUAAAAUAUUUACGCCAUCAAGCCGUCGAUGCAGCCGUGACAUUCAUUGGCAACGCUCAAGGAUUCGACUCUGCUGCUUCUGCAUCAGUCGUGUUUAUACAAGAAGUUGAGCUGGUCUCAAGAGGCUACCGCAUAAGCACACCGUUGCCCCCAAUCAGCAGACUCGAAGACCAGACGCAAACGCGACGAUGCCUCAGACUGCGCCGGACCGUGUCGGAAUCGUUCUAUCUCAUGCUGGGCCGGUAUAUUCGGGCACAGAAUAUCCUACGGCCACUCACCGGCAAUACGAACCUCGCCAGAUACUACGACAUCUAUGACGUAUCAGAGGAGGAGCUUGUCGAGGCAGAGGCAGCGUUCAAUGAGCGAGCCACCGAAGAUCAAUACUCCCUACGCGCCCUUCGUACACUUUUCGGAAGACUUUACAUCGUGAGGAAGAGUAUCCUCUGCUGCCUUCUAGCCCUCGGUGCCGAUGGCGGCGGAUCUGAUAUUGCAAGAUGGACUGCGGCUGUUGAGCAGAUGCGGGAUCUGGCUCAUGUGACGGGCGAGAACAUUCACAAGAUGACCAAUAUCCUCAAUGAGGACGAUCGUGAGGCCAUCCCGCCUUCUCCACUACCGACAGCUUCGCCCAACAAGGACAAUCUCCGCGCGCAAUACCGAAAAAUCAAUUCACUUUCCCAAGGGGUUCGUGCACUUCACGCAAAGAUGCACAUCCUCAGAGAGGCAUCCAGUUCUAAUCUCGAGCGGCCAGAUGCUGGUGAGUUUGAGGCAAGCCUCAUGCCCCAGUAUGAGUCGAUUGGGGCGGAUAUCAGAAGUCUCCUCCAAGAGUGGGAAUCCGGCAAGACCGCAUUGAUGAGCAGCCUGGAUAAGCCUUUAAGCGCGGAUAACUCGCGGCCACCGAGCGUUAUGAAAUCCCCAAUGUCGCCCACACCCAGCCUUGGAGGUUCUACCGCAGUUGAGGGCAGCCCUGCGGACGCCCUCAGAGCUUUGAAUGGGGAAAACUCCGACCCAAGCAUCGUCCACACGCUGGAUGAUGAAGAAGAAAUUUUUGAAGCGGUAGCUCUUCCGGCUCGGAACAAGAGAGCAUCCUUGACCAGAGAGGAACGAAUUGCGCGCGUCAAGGAAGAUAGAGCACGACAAGCAGCUGCUCGAGAGCGCACCGACGCCAAUACAACCAUGCUCAAAGAGCUUGAAAUGGUAAUCAAACAACGACCUCGUACAACAAUAGCUGCGAAGCGUGUCACCAGCAUUUGAACCGCCGGCAUCCGAGCCGCACCAUUCCAUUCCGUUUCCUCGACUAUCUCGAUACCCGAUUUUCCUCCUUACAUCUUCUCCCUCACGCAUAUAAUCACCCAAGCUUCGCUCGAAUUUGAGCUGGAAGCAAACUCCUCCCAGCAAAACAUGCAGAUUGAUACCCACAAAUGUAUAGAGCGGUCCGGUGUCAGCGGCGUUAAGGCAUUCUAUCUCAGCUUGGUCAUUAUAUUACCCUGUCCCUUGGAGGACUACCCUGUGGCUUACAAUCAUUGAUACUGUAUACUAUGUUUUGUUUCUUUGACUUACUUUCAGCUCCGUCCUUCUGUAUACUCACUAUGCUGGCCUAUGUUGGCAGCUACCACUUGAUUUCGUUUGUCCUGUAUACUCAGCCUUGUGUACAUAUCUUACAUUCUAGCGUAAUUGCUUAAAUCGAUACCUG